GUGUAAUUUAAGUUGCAGGUUCAACUCAAAGCAAAGAAAGGUUAUUCUGAUAAGUCUUAUUCCUGUUGUUUAUACAAUAUCUACCGUUGUAUACCUACCAGAUUUUCUGACAAAAUGUAGAGAUAUAACACUAUUCACUGGCACCAAUGGGCAAACCAGAAAUAAGACGGACCUUCAACCAAAUAUAAAAGAAAUUGAUAAGGACAAAGGUGGAUCGGCAACGUCAGAUCAUGAUGAUAGAAGAUUUGUAGAUCUAUCAGUAUUCACCUUACCUGCAAAAAGUCGAUCAACAAAGAAAUAUGUUAUAUCGUGGAUCAACAAGCCAUACUGGCUUAAUAUACCAAGCGUAAACAGCUUUUUACGUUAUCGAUGUGUGAACCAAAACUGUAAGAUGACGGAGUACCAGAAUCACACCAGACAGUCAGAUGCACUCGUAUUUAACUCUAAAGAAGAGCUACCUAGUAAUAUAUCUUCUGUUUUCAAAUAUCGUUCUUCUGAUCAAGUAUGGGUAUUCUUUCAAAUGGAACCCCCAUCACGUAUCUCAACAUUUUGGUUCAGGGAUGAAAUGUUCAGAAAUUCAUUCAAUUGGUCUUGGAGUUACCGCCUAAAUGCUGACAUAUUUAGGCCUAUAAGAACAUUACAAAGGCGAAUUGGUAAUUCAAAUUUAGAUUACAAAGCAAUCUACAGGAGAAAAACCAAAAUGGCAGCUUGGGUUGUAAGUCAUUGCAAUACGCAAAGUCUUCGGGAAGAAUAUGUUUCUAGUCUAAUUAAAGCAGGCAUCGAUGUAGAUAUUUUUGGGGGAUGCUCCCAUGACAGGAAGCGAGAAAAUGCAAGUUACAUAAUGAAAACAAUAAGUCAGGAAUAUAAAUUUUACUUAGCUUUUGAAAACAGUUUCUGUGAAGACUAUAUAACAGAAAAGUUCUUUACUUAUUACGGUUUAGAUGUCAUUCUUAUUGUAAGGGGCGGGUUUAAAUAUGCAAAUUUCUUUGACAAGUCAACUUUUAUAGACACAUCAGACUUUGAAUCUGUGAAGGAAUUAGCCGGGUUUUUGAUGAAUGUCAGCAGUAGGGAAGAAGUGUAUACAUCAUACUUAAAGAAUAAAGACAAAUACAUCCCGGGGUACACACAGUGGGAUACGAUUCAGCAUUCUAGUUGUCAACUGUGUUCAAAACUUAACAAUAUCAAUAGAUAUCUUAACAUAUAUAAUGACAUCAGUAUAUCCGUUGCUAAUGAUACAUGUUAUGAGCCAACUGACAAUAAUUAA